UACAGAAGUAUUAAUAAGGUUGCAGUUAGCUCCCUUCAGCUGCUGUCCCAUUUCUGUGAAAAACCCGUUCCUUGAUCCGCUUCCACCUUCUUCUUCUUCGUCGAUGUAUUCAGCUGCCGAGCACUGACUACACCACACAGAUUCUUCUACUACUACACUCACAACCACGCUCAAAAACUGUAGAUCUGCCUCGGAACUUACAGACACAAUCGGGAUAAUAAAAGCAACACCACAAACAAAAGAUGCCGCCAAAAGGUAAACAAAGAACUAAAGGUCAGAAACAGAUUCUGGAAGAAAAUAAGAACACACUCACUUUUUAUAAAAACAUUGUGAUAGUCGUAAAUGUAUUCUACAUGGUUGUACAGUACUUGUUUUUCUGGGAGAGUUACACAUUCCUUCCAUUUUUAUUGACUAGUCUGGCCUGCUUAGCUUAUUUUGGAAGCUAUAAGUUCAUGACGAACAUGGCAAACGCCUCUUACGGUGACACCAACCAGCUUUUAGACGCAGGAAUUGAUCUCAACAUGGAAAGUGGCAUGGCUGAACACAGUAAAGACUUGAUUCUAAUGACCUGCAUCGUACAGAUCCUGAGUUUAAUUUCAAAUUACUUUUGGAUUUUAUGGCUAGUGGUUCCUGGCCGAGCGUUCUAUUUGUUAUGGGUUAACAUUCUGGCCCCUUGGUUCUUUGCUCCUGCUCCUGAAGAGAAUGAGAAAAAAAUUCGGAAAAUGGAACGCAGAAUGCGAAGGCAUUGACAGCAGUGAUGGACAUAUAUUUCCUUAUAUGCACACACAUUCACGCACAUGUAUACACAUAUAUAUACACACACACACACACACCUUCAGAAAUACAUGCUCACAACCAUACACAAGUCUGAAUUAUAUUGAAAUAAAUAAAUAAGUUUAUAUAUAUA